ACACUGGGGUUGGUUUAUAUUGGUGUGUCUGUCUGUUUUCUGGUAUAACAACUGUAUUAGGGAGUGGUGCCCCAUAUAAUCGUGUACGGUUUAGGUGUGACUUACACGUGAACCGUUACAUAGUGGUGGCCCGUACGGGGAGCCGCUCCAUUUAUUUAGCAUUUUUUUGUAAUAUUUUGUUUAUUAUUACUAUUAUUGCUAUUAUUUUUUGUAUUGUUAUUUUUUUACUAUGGAUUCAGAACAGACCACACCACUCACUGUUAUAGAUGCUGACGUGGUUAGUGGUAACAACACUCCUGUUAAUGAACAAAACACUGCUAAUGCCAGUCCUGAUGCAGAUUUUACUGCAGGCCCAUUUGUAACUAGACGUAAUCCAACAGCUGAAAUAACAUCUAUGCUUAGCUCUUUGUAUAUUUCUGAUGGUGAUGAGUCUGAGGAUAAUAAUGAGGAAAGCUGUGUGAUGAAUGUUGAGUGGAUACAAACAAUGCAAACUGAUAUUGCGCAGCUUAAGGUGGAUUUAUUGGCCCUUAGCUCACAGGUACACUCAUUGAAUCACGAUUUCAAGCAGUCUGUUGAGAGUACCCUAAAUCGGGAAACCAGUUUCAGGGAGGCAGUGGACGCUGGCUUAGCAGAGUUGCAGGAGGGUUUCCAGAUGUCCCUGGAGAAGCUGGAAAGAGCGGUGACAGACUGUUUUCUAAGGAGGGAUGCAAAAUGGGAAAGUCAGAUGAAGAAAUUGCGACUGACAAGCACUCCCACCCUCGCCAGACUACAGGCCUACACUCCAGCUAGUUCUCCCGUUACACCCAUCCACCUUCCCAAGACACCGGUUCCAGCUACCAGAGCUAAAGUGCCUCCACCCAAGCCUACCAAUACCACCUAUAGCAUUGCGACUCCUACUGCCAGGCAACCCUCUAGUGAGCUUACCCCUCCGGCAGCAGCCAAUAUAUCGUCCUUUUGUGCUCGUCCUCCCAUCCGCCUGGAGUUUCCCACAUUUGGUGAUGCCUGUGAAACGGCAGAUGUACUAAACUUCAUCGAGCAAUGUGAAAACUACUUGGACAUCAGACCACUCCCCAGUGUGGAACUAAUUGGUACUCUGAGCACUGUAUUGAGAGGAUCGGCUUUGAGCUGGUGGAAGGCUGAAAAAACAAAGGUCACGGACUGGCAGUCUUUCAAAGAGGCUUUUAUGGCGGCGUUCCUACCAGAUGACUACCUCACGGAGGUGGAAGACAAACUCCGAUCACUGGUACAGCAACCUCGACAACGCCUGAGAGACUUCGCCUAUGACUACAGAGCCCUCUGCCUCAAGUGGAAGCCCGACAUCACAGAGGACGAAUUAGUGAGUCGUAUCCUCAACAACAUCAACCCGAGAGUUGCAGGCUGCCUGAGGGGAACGAUAACCACCGUGGAACAACUGGUGAAGGUUGGGUCCAUGGUGGAGAAGGAUUGCCUUGGGGCAAAAGACUACUGGCAGAAGGUGGGGCUGAACGGGAAGGAAAGGAGCAGCAAGAGGCCGACUGAUCGCUCUUCCCCCAAAAACCUGGCAGGGGUCUCCAUCGCUCAACCCCAGGUGCUGUCAUCACUUCUGCUGGUACCAGUAACGGUGAAAGGGAAAGAGGUGAGCGCUGUACUGGACACAGGGAGCACUUAUACUCUAAUGCUAGAGAACUUCUGGCUACAACUAACCGGAGAGACCCCCACAAGCACCUCACGGUCCACACAGAGAUUCAUCAUGGCGGAUGGAAAGAUACACCAAGCGGUGGAGAAAAGGACGGUCAGCUAUAAAUGGCAUGAAAAGGAGUGUGGAGUGGACACUUACAUAAUGAAGGAUGCCCACCUGGCCUUCCCACUUAUAGCGGGGUUGGACUUUCUAACGGCUACCGGAGCCAUCCUAGAGGUGGGACGAUGCCGGUAUGCUCUCGACACAGAAAAGGGUUACAUAUAUCACCCCUUCCUUCCAUCCCAUGGCCUUCCCGGGCUGAACACCAUGACCGCCCCUACGCCGUCUGAUCCAACAGCUGUACUGAGUCUGUACUACGCCUUACCUCCCACGUUGCUCCACCCAGCAUUAGCUCCCCUGCAUCCUGUUAUUAACCCUACCUGGGACACUGGAAAUCAGGAGGAGCUGCAAAGGUUGAUGUCCAACUGGCCUCACACCACCUCCGGUAACCUGGGAAAAACCGCAGUGGUUCGACACAACAUUCACAUGACCGACAACAUCCCCAUUAAGUCCAGAGCAUACAGAGUCUCUCCUUUCAAGAAACAGAUCAUUGAAGACCAAGUCGACCAGAUGCUCAAAGACCACAUUAUUGAGCCUUCUUUCUCUCCAUGGUCAUCCCCAGUAGUCCUCGUGCCUAAACCUGAUGGUUCCCACAGGUUCUGUGUGGACUAUCGCCGGCUAAACAGCAAGACCAUUCCUGAUGCCUAUCCAAUGCCGCUCAUCCACGACAUCUUGGAAUCCAUGGAAGGCGCCUCCUGGUUCAGCACUUUGGAUUUGCAAUCGGGUUACUGGCAAGUGGAAAUGGAGAAGGAGAGCAAAGAAAAAACUGCUUUUAUCACCACCAAGGGGCUGUACCAAUUCCGCUCCAUGCCAUUUGGGCUUAAGAACGCGGCUGCCACAUUCCAGAGGCUCAUGGAGAAGGUCCUGGCUGAUCUAAGGGGGAAGAUCUGCUUCGUAUACAUUGAUGACAUCAUAGUAUACUCGCCAUCCUUGAAACACCAUUCUCAACAUCUAAAUGCCAUAUUACAAAGACUGAGUCAAGCUAACCUUACAUUGAAUAUGAAGAAAUGUCAUUUCUUCAAACGACAGCUGAAAUUUCUGGGCCAUAUCGUCUCUGAGAGGGGAGUGGAGGUCGACCCAGAAAAACGCUGGCCGUUGCACACUAUCCCUCCCCUGCUGACCUCAAGGCACUGCAACGUUUUCUGGGUUUGGCUGGCUGGUACCAUAAAUUCAUCCCUCACUUUGCAGAUAUCACUGCUCCAUUGAAUCGACUAAAAAAGAAAGGAGUGAAGUGGGAAUGGACCCCUGAAUGCCAGAAAGCUAUGGAUGACUUGAAACAGGCCUUACAAAACCCACCCGUUCUGGUGCAGCCUGACCUCAACCUACCAUUCCAAGUCCAUACAGAUGCCAGCGACGUUGGCCUGGGAGCGAUACUUAGCCAGAGUUCCGCGGAAGGAGAGAAGGUGGUGGCCUAUGCCUCGAGGACCCUAAGAGGAGCAGAGUUGAAUUACUCCACCUCAGAAAAAGAGUGUUUAGCCGUGGUCUGGGCUGUGGAAAAAUGGAGACAUUACCUGGAAGGAAGGCAGUGUGACAUUUUUACAGAUCAUGCAGCUCUGGCUUGGGCCUUCAACUGCCCCAAGACCUCCUCACGUCUGACCCGCUGGACGCUCCGCCUACAACAGUUCUGCUUCCAGGUACACCACAGGAAAGGCUGUCUUAACCUAGGGCCUGAUGCAUUGUCCAGAGCUUACCUACCUGGAAAGGCUAAAGAGGUACCCUGUCUAGUCAUGUCACCUCUCAGAUAUACCUCCGACAUCCCUCACACCCUAGACGAAAUAGCUACUGCACAAGGCAGCGACAGUAACAUCCCCCAUCUACAAGCAGAUAGCAAAGACAGAAAGGUCCAGGGUAAGCAAAUCUCCU